UACGUUUAUAUACGACUUAAUUUUUUGUUUUUCAAACUUUAGUAGGGGCGAUGGGUCUCCAUGUGGCUCCGCCACUGCCUUCUGCCUUACCAAAUUACCCCAUGUUGAAGAAAGCACGUCUAAACGUACAGCUCCAAAUCUCCAAAUUUGGCCAAAAACCCAUAAAAACUCAUUCUCUCAAAGAGGUUUGUAAGCAAGCAAGCCUUCAAGAAGCUUUUCAAACAUUAACUCGUUUAUUCACUGAACAAAAUUCACUUCCGUUUUGUCUGGAGGAGUCUUAUUCGUCAGUUCUUGAGCUCUGUGCAGCUAAGAAAGCUCUCUCACAUGGGCAACAAGUGCAUGCCCAUAUGAUAAAGUCUUAUGCUGUGUGUGACUCGGUGUUUUUGACUACUAGGCUUGUGUUCAUGUAUGGGAAAUGUGGCUCUCUUUCGAGUGCAGAGAAGAUGUUCGAUAAAAUGUCUCAUCGAACCAUUUUUACGUGGAAUGCUAUGAUUGGUGCUUAUGUUUCAAAUGGGGGACCUCUGAGAGCUCUUAAACUGUAUAGACAAAUGCGGGUCUCGGGAGUUCCACUUGAUUCUUGCACUUUUCCUUCUGUGCUAAAAGCUUGUGGUGAACUUAAUAACAUCCGUUGCGGGACUGAAAUUCAUGGUCUAGCUAUCAAAUGUGGAUAUGAUUGUAUUGUAUUUGUUGUCAAUUCAAUUGUUGCGAUGUAUGCAAAGUGCGGUAAUCUUGAUGGGGCAAGGCAAUUAUUUGACCGUAUGACCGAAAAGGAUGAUAUUGUGUCCUGGAAUUGUAUAAUUUCGGCAUAUGCAGCACAUGGACAAUCUGUAGAGGCAUUAGGACUUUUUAGAGAUAUGCAGAGCGUGGGUCUUGCUAUGAACACGUAUACUUUUGUUGCUACCCUUCAAGCCUGUGAGGAUUCAUUCUUUGUGAAACUUGGUAUGGAGAUCCAUGCUGCUAUUUUAAAAGCUAGUCAUGAUGUUGAUGUUUAUUUAGCUAAUGCUUUGAUUACUAUGUAUGCAAGAUGUGGUAAAAUGAAUGAAGCUGCAAGAAUUUUUUAUAAGAUGGAUGAUAAAGAUUAUAUAUCAUGGAAUGCUUUUCUCUCUGGUUUUGUCCAAAAUGGCCUAUAUGAAGAAGCUAUAAGGUUAUUCCAUGAUAUGCAGGAUGCUGAUAGAAAACCUGACCAGGUUUCAGUAUUAAAUGUUAUUGCAGCAUCUGGUCGAUUGGGGAAUUUAUCGAAGGGAAGGGAACUUCACGCUUAUGCAAUAAAACAUGGAUUUGAUUCUGAUUUGCAGAUUGGGAAUACAAUAAUUGAUAUGUACGCAAAGUGUGGCAAUGUGGGCUAUAUGGGUCAUGCUUUUGAUAGGAUGCUUGAUAAGGACUUCAUUUCUUGGACAACAAUAAUUGCUGGAUAUGCUCAGAGCAAAGCAUAUUCGAAGGCCUUAGAGUUUUUCUUGAAAGUGCAGAUGGAAGGGAUGGAUGUUGAUGCAAUGAUGAUUGCAAGUACCCUACUGGCUUGUGGUGGCCUAAAGAACAUUUCUUACCUUAAAGAAAUUCAUGGUUACAUUUUGAGGAGAGGUGUGUCUGAUCUUGAACUACAGAAUUCACUUAUUGCUGUCUAUGGGGAGUGCGAGAACAUUGUUUACGCAAAACGAAUGUUUGAAUCCAUCAAAUUUAAAGAUGUUGUGUCUUGGACAAGCAUGAUUACUUGCUAUCUCCAUAAUGGAUUUGCAAAUGAGGCUCUUGAACUUGUCUACUUGAUGAAAGAAACUAAUGUUGAACCUGAUUCUAUAGCUCUAGUGAGCAUACUCUCAGGUGCUGCUAGUUUAUCUGCCUUGAAUAAAGGAAAAGAAAUUCAUGGAUUUCUGAUUAGGAAGGGCUUCAUCUUAGAGGGAUCGCUUGCAAACUCUCUUGUCGAUAUGUAUGCCCGCUGUGGAGAUCUAGAGAACUCUUAUAAGGUUUUCAAUUGUAUGAAACAAAAAAGUUUAGCUCUGUGGACAAGUAUGAUUAAUGCAAAUGGAAUGCAUGGCCGUGGCCAAGCAGCAAUCGAUUUAUUCAAUAGGAUGAAGGGUGAAAGCAUUAUUCCUGAUCAUAUUACCUUUUUGGUACUUCUUUAUGCAUGCAGUCAUUCAGGACUGAUCGAUGAAGGUAGAGAACUUCUGGAAGUUAUGCAAUAUGAUUAUCAUUUGGAGCCGUGGCCUGAGCAUUAUGCCUGUCUGGUUGAUCUUUUGGGGCGUGCCAAUUGCUUAGAAGAGGCAUACCGAUUCGUGGAAAGUAUGCAGAUUGAACCUACUGCUGAAGUUUGGUGUGCUCUCCUUGGGGCUUGCAGGGUUCACCCAAAUAAAGAAAUUGGACAAAUUGCAGCACAAAAGCUCUUAGAAUUGCAUCCAGAAAAUCCAGGAAAUUAUGUGUUGGUUUCCAAUGUAUUUGCUGCGAGUGGAAGAUGGAAGGAUGUUGAAGAAGUAAGAGAGAGAAUGAAGGGAAAUGGGUUGAAGAAAAAUCCUGGAUGUAGUUGGGUUGAGAUUGGUAAUAAGAUCCAUAUUUUCAUGGCAAGGGACAAAUCUCAUCCUCGAUCUGAUGAGAUUUAUAAUAAACUAGCUCAAAUUACAGAAACUUUGAAGAGGGAAGGAGGUUAUGUGGCUCAAACCAAAUAUGUUUUGCACAAUGUAGAGGAAGAACAAAAAGUUCAGAUGCUUUAUGAGCAUAGUGAAAGGCUUGCCAUUGCUUAUGGACUACUUAGAACUCCUGAUGGGACCCCUAUUCGAGUCACAAAGAAUCUUCGGGUUUGCGGUGAUUGCCACAUUUUUUGUAAGCUAGUCUCAAAAUUCUUUGAAAGAGAGCUUGUUGUAAGGGAUGCCAACAGAUUCCAUCACUUUGAUAAAGGGGUCUGUUCUUGUGGAGACUAUUGGUGAUAAUACAACCAUCUGUAAUGAUAUUAGCUGAACUUUUUCAGAGACUCUUUUGGUUCGUUUCUGCUGAUGAUCAUCAUCAUAUCAAAUUGUAAAUUGGAAGAGAUAUGGUUCCAUAUGUUUGCCGCUUGAAAAGUGCAUCAUAUUGCUUGUUUUCAAGUAACUGAACAGCUGUGGGGCUCUCAAUGGUGAUUGUUUGGAGUGUUUUUUGAUUUUGAGCUUGUUGACCAACUUAAAAAGUUUGGAUGAAUCACAGGAUGGAAUCAACCCUGGUUCAAAUUUGUUAUCUGCGAUUGAGAUCCUUGCAUCUGGGGUGGUUGCCAUUGCCAAUGGGUCUUUGAUACUCUUUGCUUGUUACAAACUUCUCUUACAUUUACUGGUGGAUCACCAUUACAUUAUACUCAUGACUUUCAAAGUGAAAUACGACAAAUGGAAGGGCUAAAAGUCAUGGUGACAGUCAGUAGUGAUUUUUUAUUUAUUUAUUUAUUUUUAUUUUUUAAAUCAAUACAGGGAAAGGGGAAGAUAGGGAGUGUGAGUAGUAAAUUAUAUUUGACUUUCAAAGUGGAAUACAAUAAAUGGAAGGGCCAAAGGUCAUUAUAGUAGGCAGUGAAAGAGGUGGAUAAGAUUUUCACUUAAAAG